AUGCAGACCUCACUUCUUCACGAGCUAAUCAUACAAAACCAGUUUCAAAAGCAGGAUAACAGAUACUUACUUGAUUCUGCCUCUCAUCAAUCUCAAUAUCCAUCCAAACAUCAAACCAAAUGUAGAGUAAACUAUAACCAGAAAAAACGCAGCAGGAAGGCCGAUAGUAAUUCUGAAAUUUCGGUGACAUUAGGGACAAACAUAUCUGAAACUAUUAAAAGGAAGUUGAGCUUAGGGGCUCGAAUACUUCAAGUUGGUGGAGUGGAGAAAAUGUUCAUGCAGUAUUUUAGCGUGGUAGAGGGAGAGAGGCUGUUGAAAGUUUCUCAGUGUUAUCUGUCGACCACAUCUGGCCCUCUAGCUGGUCUCCUCUUCAUCUCCACUGAAAAGGUUGCCUUUUGCAGUGAGAGAUCCAUAAAAGUCUUUAAUCAGAAAGGUCAAAUGUGUAGGAUCCGCUAUAAGGUUUCGAUUCCAGUGAAGAAGAUAAAGUGUGUGAGGCGAAGUGAAAAUGUUGAUAAGGCAAGAGAGAAGUACAUAAAUAUAGUUACAGUUGACAAUUUUGAUUUCUGGCUUAUGGGUGUAUCAAAAUAUCAUAAAACUUAUAAAUAUCUGGAGCAGACAAUUUCUCAAACUUAG